GGCUACUGAGCAUGCUCCGUGUAUCCCCCCCCACAGACAGAAGAGUCUCCGCACCAGGAAUAAUCAGCAUCAGUGAGUGUCAGACGGAGGGGAGCGAGUGGCAGUUAGAGAAAUGGCAGAUAGAGACGAGCUUCAGGCAUUUACGUCUAUAAUGGACGCCCUGGUCAGGAUCAGUACCAGUAUGAAGAACAUGGAGCGUGAGCUCUUGUGCCCAGUGUGUAAUGAGAUGUACAAACAGCCAGUCAUCCUGCCCUGCAAGCACAAUGUGUGCCAAGUGUGUGCCACUGAGAUCCUGCUGCAGAGGGGGUACAUGUGUGACCCCAACUCAGAGCCCAACUCCCCCGCCUCCUCUCCUGCUACACGGAGCCCCCGCAUGGGAAGGAGAGUGGUGCCCAAACAGGAGCGGCUCCUCAAACAAGGCUUUGGCACGUACCCUGGCAGAAAGAGGGGCGCUAGCCACCCCCCGGCCGUGCUCUUCCCGUGCCCCCCGUGCCAGUGUGAUGUGGAUCUCGGGGAGAGGGGUCUGGGGAACCUGUUCCGGAACCUGACGCUGGAGCGGGUGGUGGAGCGCUACCGACAGACCGUCAACAUCAGCUCGGCCAUCAUGUGCCAGUUCUGCAAGCCCCCCCAGCUGGAGGCCACCAAGGGCUGCACCGAGUGUCGGGCCACUUUCUGUAACGAAUGCUUCAAACUCUAUCACCCCUGGGGCACCCAGAAAGCUCAGCAUGAGCCCACCCCACCCACCCUCACCUUCAAGCCCAAGGGCCUGAUGUGUCCGGAUCACAAGGAGGAGGUGCUGCUUUACUGUAAGACCUGCCAGCGGUUAGUUUGCCAAAUUUGCCGAGUUCGCCGGAACCACAAUGGGCACAAAAUUACCCCCAUCAUCAGCGCGUAUCAGGCACUGCGGGACAAGCUGAACAAAAGCCUCUCGUACAUACUGGGGAGUCAGCACAUUGUGCAGGGGCAGAUCAGUGACCUGGAGGAGAGUAUGAGACAGACUGAGGUGAGUGGAGCGCGGGCGCAGGAGGAGGUGCUGCAACUGAUCGGGGCCCUUCGCUCUGCACUGGAGGAGAAACAAGCGACACUAACCAGAACCAUUGCUGAGCGGCAGAAAGAUCGGCACAAUGUGCUGGAGGCGCAGGUUUGGGAGCGUCAGGCUCUGCUCGAGAACUCUGGCCUCGUCUCUUACUCUCAGGAGGUGAUGAAGGAGACGGACCAGCCCUGCUUUGUGUUGGUGGCAAAACAGAUCCAUGAACGAAUGCAGCGAGCAAUAGAAGGAGUACAGAGUUUCAGACCCGCAGCUUGUGCCCCGCUGCCUCCAUUUAAACUGGACGUUAGUCGUGAGAUGAAGCUGCUGACGGACCUGCACUUUGUUAGAGCACCAGAUGCCCCUGUUAUAGACACACAGCGCACCUACGCAUAUGACCACAUAUUCCUAAGCUGGCGUCUGCCCCAGGACUCAGCACCCGCCUGGCACUACACCGUGGAAUUCCGUAAGACGGAUCCCAAGCACAAGGGCCUCAAACUGUGGCAACGCCAAGAAGAGAUCUGGGGGCUCAGUACUGUUUUAAAGGGUCCUGACACAGACAGCGUCUACGUUCUGAAAGUGAAGGGCUACAACAAGGCUGGAUAUGGGGAAUACAGUGAGGACAUCUACCUGCACACACCCCCUGCCCAGGUGUUGAACUUCUUCUUGGACAGUAGUUGUGGCUUCCCUCGUGACCGGCUGGUGGUGAGUAAAGACAGGCGGGCAGUGCGCAGUGUACCCGGAGUUCCCAUGCUCUUUGCUGCCGAGAGACUGAUGACCAGUUGCCACGUGUCCAUGGAGCUGGUUCUGGGAGAUGUGGCCAUCACACAAGGACGCUACUACUGGGAGUGUUCUGUGGACCCAAGCUCCUAUGUACUCAAGGUUGGCGUGGGGCAGGAGAGUAAACUGCAGGAGCUCUUUCAGAUGCCCCAAGAUAUGGUCAGCCCCAGUAGGUAUGAUCCAGACAGUGGGCAUGAUUCCGGGGCAGAAGAUGCCACCCUCGAUAUGUCUCCUGCUUUCGCCUUCCUGACAAUCGGAAUGGGGAAAAUCCUCCAGUCUCAUGGUUCCCUUCCCAACUCUAGGGAUCCCACCGGUUGCACCAUCCCAUUGCCCCCAAGACUUGGAGUCUGCUUAGACUACGAAAAGGGUCGUGUUGGCUUCUAUGAUGCUGUGUCUCACCGUAGCCUAUGGGAAGGCAGCGUAGACUGCUCCGGCCCUGUGUGCCCCGCCUUCUGCUUUAUUGGGGGAGGUGCUCUUCAGCUGCAGGAGCUGGUGUCAAUCAAACAUGAACGCAAAGUGACGAUUGGUGGGUUCACUAAAGCAGAGUGACCCUUGACCUCACGGAGACUCUUUUACUUGCACCAGCCUGUGGGGGGCACACUUUGCUGCCACUUUGUGCACAAUCACGCUGAACAGACGGAGCCAGAAGGCAGGACUCGAGGAAGGGGAUCAUGUCAGUGAUGUGGGUGGAGAGGACUUGAGUGUGCCCUCUGCCCCCCGUCAAUAUAAAACUCUAUCAUCUGUGCCAUCUACAAAGUAGCCCGUAUCUCAGGCCUGCGCCAGUCUCAUCCCUCCCUCUGUCUAUGUGUCUGUCUAUGUGUCUGUCUAUGUGCCGCCAUGUCUCUCUGUCUGGGCUGGACCCACUGCCUGCUGUGCCCCAAAUAUCAUGCCAACCCCCCUGUACCCCCAUUAACCACCCUGUGCCCCUUAUGUUGGUAACCUGCUGUGCCCUUACAUCUAGAUUCCUUCAACCAUUCUGUGAGCCAAAUUACCCCCUGACACCCAAUGUCUCCCCAAUAACUGCCCUCAUGUGCCCCUCUGUGUGCCAGGCAGGUGCCCAUAUUCGUGACUUCUCUCAAAGAGACCCAUGUGGCCCCUCCAAUAACCCUGCUGUGGCCCCUGGAAGCUUCCAACCCAGUGCCCCCUUCAGUCACUAUCCCCACGCCCCCCGCAGACCAUUCUGCCCCUCUUCCUCUCUGGCUCCAUUUUUGGCAUGACUGUCCCCCCACAUGCUCACUUGCCCUGCUCUACGGUUGCCCCCCAUCACUAGCGCUGAGAAUAAUUUUAUUUAUUUAUAAUUAUUAUAAUUUUAUACACUUUUUUUAGGGAAAGUUUUUUUGUAGAAACAACGUCUUCCUUUUUGUAUUGCGCUUGGCUCAGUGUGUGGGGAGGGCGCCCCCUUCAGGAAGAGCUGAACUACAGCAUGCACCCCCACACAGGAGUAGUUCCACUGCAUGCCCCGCUCUGGCUGCCCCACGGAUAACAGGAGCCCCCCCCCCCCAUUAUCUACUUUGUAUUUCAUUCAUUUAUUCACCUCUUGGGCUCUAACGUUUUAUAUUGCCACCCUGGGGGUAAUAUAGCCAAGCUGGGGGAGGUGCACCGGUGGAGAGACACAUGAAUGUAAACUGACUGGUCUAUAGAGUGAAGCAAAAGGACAGCUGAGGGGCUGAAAGCAGUGACACCAAAAGAAAUAAAUGUCCAGCACUUACA